GAGUGUGUUUACUUGCGAGCCUCCAGGAGGCACAUGGAAGCAGGCUGCUGCGUGCAUCCACCACCCGUACACCUCCACUCCCCAUCCACGGUGGACAUCUAUCCUUUUUCAUCCGCUGCACCUUUUUUUUUGCCGCAGUUUGGGGGUGGAUUGAAUCGUCUCGGUUUAUACUCCGUCUGGCUUCCGGGGGCUGGUUGCUGGACCGGUCUUCGGUGAAGCGCUCAGGGACGCCAGGGACAUGGAGACACCGCCGGGCAGGAGCUUCUGCCGGGAGCGCACCUCAGCCAAGCGCCAGUGAGGAAGUGGAGGGACGGGAUGGCAGCCUCCAGCAACUCCAGCCUGUCUGGUUCAUCCUUGUCAUCAGACCCCGAGGAUUACCAAGCGCCCAUAUGGAAGUCCUACUUGUACCAGCUACAGCAGGAAGCCCCAAGACCAAAGAGGAUCGUAUGUCCUCAGGAGAUGGAGACCAGGCCCAAAUACUACGGCAGAGAAUUUCAUGGCAUGAUCUCUCGAGAGUAUGCAGAUGAGCUUCUGAGGUCAGCUGAGGGUUCCUACCUGAUCAGGGAGAGUCAAAGACAACCAGGGACGCACACAUUGGCCUUAAGGUUUGGGCCUCAGACGCUCAACUACAGGUUGUUCUACGAUGGGAAACAUUUUGUCGCCGAGAAGAGGUUCGAGUCUGUGCACGACCUGGUCACAGAUGCCCUCAUCACUCUCUACAUCGAGACCAAGGCGGCGGAAUACAUCGCCAGAAUGACCGCCAACCCCAUCUAUGAGCACCUGGGUUACACCUCGCUGCUGAAGGACAAGACGGUACACAGGCUCAGUCGCGGAUGCACGGAACCUCGCAGGGUCACCUUUGUGAGAGAUGAACAGAUCUCAUCAUCUCUGGUGCGGCACAGUGCCUUGAAAGACGCGUCUGAGAAGCAGUGCUCCUAUGAGAAGAUCCAUAACUUCAAGGUACACACCUUUCGAGGGCCACACUGGUGUGAGUACUGUGCCAACUUCAUGUGGGGCCUGAUUGCCCAGGGUGUCCGCUGCUCAGAUUGCGGCCUGAAUGUACACAAGCAGUGCUCAAAGCUGGUGCCCAGCGACUGCCAGCCGGACCUGCGUAGGAUAAAGAAAGUGUUCAGCUGUGACCUCACCACACUCGUCAAGGCCCACAACACCACCAGGCCCAUGGUGGUGGAUCUCUGCAUUCGAGAGAUAGAACUACGAGGUAUGAAAUCUGAAGGUCUGUACCGAGUGUCUGGUUUCUCCGAGCACGUCGAGGAUGUGAGACUCGCCUUUGACAGAGAUGGAGACAAGGCUGACAUCAGUGCCAGUGCCUACGCGGAUAUCAACAUCAUCGCUGGGGCUCUGAAGCUCUACUUGAGAGACCUUCCCAUCCCAGUCAUCACCUUUGACUUGUACUCCACAUUCAUUCAGGCAGCAAAGAUUCCUAAUGCUGAAUCCAGACUGGAGGCCGUGCAUGAGGGUUUGCUGCAGCUUCCUCCGGCUCACUACGAGACUCUACGCUACCUGAUGGCUCACCUCAAGAGGGUAACAAUGUUCGAAAAGGACAACUUAAUGACGUCAGAGAACUUGGGCAUCGUUUUCGGUCCAACGCUGAUGCAGCCGCCGGAGCAGAACGCCUUGACGACGCUCAAUGACAUGAGGCAGCAGAAGCUGGUGGUGCAGCUCAUGAUCGAGCACGAAGAUGUCUUAUUCUAGUACCCGACAACGUACGGCACAAUCACGGACACUUUUUUUUGUCAAAGAGGAAACUGAAGCCACGUCGGGGGAAAAAAAAGAAAAAAAAAAGAGUAAUUACGGAUCAAAUUGCUCUCGGGGGAGUUUCUUUUCACGCAUGACUGAUUUGGUGUUGUCUUGUUUCCGUCUGUGUUGGAGUUUGAUACCCCGCCAGUACCGUCAUGUUUGAUUUAGCACAGGAUCCAAUAUGUUUACAAGCCGCAGCGCCGCUCCGUUUGAAGAUGACGCCGCCGCACAGACUCAUCGCAACUUCCCCCCCCCACGUGUCGUGUGUGUGUGUGUGCAUAUUGUGCGUGAUUUGUGGGCGUGUCGGGUAACUUUUAUGAAAAAAGAUACAGAUCCUGUCCUUGCGGGUCGAAUCCUGGAUAUUUUCUUGUGUACAAAUGCUGAAAAAAAAAGAUAGACGAUUAAUCAAUUCAUGAAGCACUUUUAUGAAACGUGUACAGAUUUGUUUUGUAAAGAUUUAUUUUUGUCUUCUUACUCUGCAUCAUGUUUUGUCACAAAUAUAUAUAUAUAUACAUUUAUAUACACAGUGGUGUGAAAGUGAAAGUGAUUGCCCCAUUCCUGAUUUCUUUUUUUUUUUUUGUCACACUUUUUAAUUACUAUUGACUAUUAAAAUAUUAACUAUUUCAAUUUAAAUACUAGUCAAUGACAACACAACUGAACAUAAAAUGCAUGCAAUGACCCGCUAGACCAUCACACUACCACCACCAUAUUUUACUGUUGGUAUAUUUCAGGUCAUCAAACUAAUUUAAAUACUACUCAAUGACAACACAACUGAACAUAAAAUGCAAUAAUUGAUUGGGCCAUAACGUGCAAUGACCCCUAGACCAUCACACUACCACCACCAUAUUUUACUGUUGUUAUAUUUCAGGUCAUCAAACAUAUUUAAAUACUAGUCAAUGACAACACAACUGAACAUAAAAUGCAAUAUUUCAUUGGGCCAUAACUUGCAAUGACCCCCAAGACCAUCACACUACCACCACCAUAUUUUACUGUUGAUAUAUUUCAGGUCAUCAAACUUAUUUAAAUACUAGUCAAUGACAACACAACUGAACAUAAAAUGCAAUAACUGAUUGGGCCAUAACUUGCAAUGACACCCCUAGACCAUCACACUACCACCACCAUAUUUUACUGUUGGUAUAUUUCAGGUGAUCAAACUAAUUUAAAUACUAGUCAAUGACAACACAACUGAACAUAAAAUGCAAUAACUGAUUGGGUCAUAACUUGCAAUGACCCCCUAGACCAUCACACUUCCACCACCAUAUUUUACUGUUGUUAUAUUUCAGGUCAUCAAACUAAUUUAAAUACUAGUCAAUGACAACACAACUGAACAUAAAAUGCAAUAACUGAUUAGGCCAUAACUUGCAAUGACCCCCUAGACCAUCACACUACCACCACCAUAUUUUACUGUUGAUAUGAUGCUCUUUUUCUGAAAUUCGACGUUCCUUGUACACCAGAUUAAUGACCACAGUAUUUUCCUGAAAGGUCUUAAGGAUCAUCAAGAUUUGAUUAUGCCACUUCGAAGUCUUCAUUUUUGGGUGGACUUGCUGGUGUGUUUUGGAUCAUUGUCCUGCUGCAGAACCCAAGUUGGUUUCAGUUUUGAGGUCAGGAUUUUUUUAGUAGACAGCAGAAUCUGUGCUUCCAUUUAUCACAGUCAGCAAGUCUUCCAGGUCUUGAAGCAGCAAAACAGCCCCAGACCAUCACACUACCUCCACCAUAUUUUACUGUUUGUAUGAUAUUCUUGGGACACACACCUUCCAAAAAGUUAAUUUUUGUAUCUCGUAUUUUACCCAAAGUUCUUGGGGAUCAUCAAGAUGUUUUCGUGUGAGCCUUAAUGUUUUUUUUUGUUCAUGCAAAGAAAAAUCAGGAAGCGGGUAUAGAUGUUUUCACACCACUGUGUAUAUACUGUUGGGAAUGAUGCUUGUUAAACUGGUGUCUGGAUACAAACAGUUCUGAAAAAUAAACAAAGUUACUGUUACUGCUGGUCGACCUUAAUUAUAUUAUUACUGAUACAAAUCCAUGCUGUUUGAUUGAAUGCCUUUAGAGCUAUUGUGGGCUUCCAUCCCACUGAGGUCACAGCCCUGUAAUAUUAUUAUUAAUUAUAGCUACAAGCUACUGUUUACACUUUAUUUCCGUUUCUUGUUAAAACUAUAAUCUUGUCAUGUUUUUUUUGUUUUUUUUUUAAUCAUGACGCCGCUAUCUCUUAAUUCAAUCUCUUGUUUCAUUGUCAAACCUCCUCACUCUUCCAGCUUUUUUCUGAAGGCGUGGCCUGCAGGGUGGAAUUUUGAUACCGCAAGUCUGACUUUCUGUGCAAACAUGUUUGGCAACUAUGUCUGUUUUGGCAGUGUGUCUGUGCAUGUUGCCUGAUUCAAUAAGUGAUGCUUGAUUUUACAUUCCACUGAGCCAAUGUAGUAAAGGGCCUUAGUUUGGUGCUGAGGUUGUUUUACUGGUUACUUAUACUGGCGGUCAUUGCCUAAUAUGGUGAACUUCUAAUGUCUUAGAAUUGCGUUUCAAUUUCUUAAUGGGACAAAAAGACAUUGAAUGAGACUACUGGGCUUUAGCUUUUGGAAGGAAAUACUGUACAGUAGUGAUUCCCAAAGUGUGGGCCAUGAGAGGUCAUUAAAAAUAUUAUUAAUUUUUUGCAAAUAUUAUUUUUUAAAAUUAUUUUUAUUGUAAAAUAUUUAUUGCACGGUUAAAAAAACAUAGAGUGUUAUUGACCUGUCACAAUAUUUUAGGAAUCUUAUACAGUUUUAUG